AUGGCGCAAUUUUCCCGCCAAAAUGUUAAUUUGACAGAUAUGGAAAAAAAUCAACCGAGUAUGUCGUCAAUGCCAGCACCUUCUCCAGGAGUUCCAGCAACUUCAGGAGCAAUGGCACCCUCGGCGCCACCCCCAGCUCUUCCACCUUCAUAUGAAGAAGCAAUGGCCCAAUCAAUGACCAUGCCAAUGCCUAUGCCUAAUCCUUCAAUUGCGCCAAUAAAUGUCUUACCGUAUCCUGGAGAUUCCCGAGUACCUUUGAACGCUCCCUAUGUUCCACCACCAAAUAUUGAUGGAGCAGGUCCUUUUGAUUAUACAUCACAACGUAAUUUACCUCCAUCGUAUCCAAUAACUUCAGAAGUACGAAUGGUUCGUCCAUCUGGGACUUAUACAUUGGCCUCAAGUGUUGCUUAUGUUCGUGUCUACCGUACUGUACAAAUUAUUUCAUGACAGUGCAUCACUUUUGUCCACGUUGUAAAAUUUAUAUCGGAACGUGGAAAGGUUUCGAGCCGUCGAGACGAUUGAUGGCGGUCAGAGUUUAA